AUGGACACUCUUCUGGAGCAAUUGAAGACCUUGGCCGUUCAGGCCGACAGCGAUGGUCGCCACAAGGUGCUGGACUUCAUCCGCACUCUGCAGCUGUCACUCGAGACUCCGCAUGACAUGCUGUCGCGUUUCUCGGGCAUGCAUCUGAGUAUAGCAGCCGCCCGUAUCGGCGAGGACCUCAACCUCUUCCAGAUCCUGGCUGAGAGCGAACAGCCACUAAGCGCUGAAGAACUGGCCACUAAAACGGGCGCCGCACCUUUGCUGUUGAGUCGAAUUUUGCGCUAUCUGGCCUCUGUUGGUCAAAUUCAUGAGGUCGGCCCAGAUAGCUUUGCCGCCAACACGCAAACUAAAACGCUUGCCGACCCAGGCUAUCGCGGGGGCAUUUACCAUUUUUUCAACAAUUGCGGCCCCGUGUUCCAAGCGUUUCCGGAUUUCCUGGCGGAAAAUAAAUAUCAGGACAUUGAUGAUGCAUCAAAAACGGCGUUCCAGAAGGCGUUCCCAACAGAUUUGCCAGCGUUCCAAUGGCUCCCGACCCAACCCGAACGAUUUGGUCCGUUGCAACAAGUUAUGACGGUACAAGGUGCCUUGGGCAACCAAUGGUUUACCGUAUUUCCCUUCGAAAAGGAGCUGGGCAACUUUUCUGGUCCCCAUGUGCUCGUUGACGUCGGUGGAGGGUUUGGUCACCAAUGCGUUGCCUUGAGGGCUCGCUAUCCAGAGCUUCAGGGAAAGCUCGUACUGGAAGAUUUGCAACAAGCAUUGGAGCAUUUGCCACCUCCUUUAGCAACACAGCUCAAGGGGGUGGAACAAGUUGCUCACAACUUCUUUGAGCCUCAGCCCGUAAAAGGCGCCAAAUUCUAUUAUCUACGCCAGGUUUUGCAUGACUGGCCUGAUGAGAAUUGUGUGGUUAUUUUGAAACAUCUCAUGGACGCCUUAGGCCCAGAUUCACAAAUUCUCAUUGACGAAAUGGUGUUACCAGAUGCAAAUGUUCCAUGGGAGGCAACAACCAUUGAUUUGACCAUGAUGGCAUCUCUUGGGGCCCGUGAACGCACCAACAAGGAGUGGCAUGCGUUGCUCGAUAAGGCAGGUCUGAAGGUAUUGCGGAUCGAUACUUACUUGCCGCGCCGCCAGGACUCUAUCAUCCAGGCUGUUCCUAAGUGA